AUGUGGCUAACUCAUCCAAAUUUUAUGGAAGUAGUUUCUACCUGCUGGACUGAACAUAUUGUUGGUGAUCCAUCUUUUGUCUUUCAACAAAAAUUAAAGAAGCUGAAGAAUUUUCUUAGGGAGCGGAACUGGAAUGUGUUUGGAAAUAUAAAUGUUAAGAUCAAAGAAGCCGAAGAAGAAGUUCAUAGAGCAAUGAUAUUAUCUGACAACAAUCCUUCUGAUACUGAAGCUUUGGACAGACUGGUCAAUGCAGAGAAUAAUUAUAAUUUUAAAGAGGUUCAACUCAAAAUUAUGCUCCAACAAAAAGCUAGAAUAAAAUGGGUCAAGGAAGGAUCAACUAAUACAAGCUUCUUUCAUACUAAUUUGAAGAUCAAGCAAUCAAGAAAUUUCAUUAGUGAGCUGGAGGAUGUCAAUGAAGAAGCUGACUCUCUUUUAGAAGUUAUUCCAGAGGUAAUCAUAGAAGAGGAUCAACAAAUGCUUGAUGCAGUUCCUAAUGCAGAAGAAAUAAAAGAUGCAAUUUUUAGCAUGGAUCCUGAUAGUUCACCAGGUCCAGAUGGAUUUACUGGAUUCAUGGUAAAUGGGGGUCCUCAUGGUUUCUUCUCUGUGGGUAGGGGCCUGAGACAAGGUGACCCUUUGUCUCCAACUCUGUUUGUCAUUAUCGAAGAUGUUUUAAGCAGAUGUAUUCAUAAAAUAGUUCAGGAUGGAAUGAUAGCUCCAAUGGUUGUGAGAAAAGGUGAACAUCCAACACACUUGUUUUUUGUAGAUGAUGUCUUCAUCUUUUGCAAUGGUGCCAAGAAAAGUUUGGACAAUCUAAUAAAGUUGCUGAAUAAAUAUCAAAAGGGCUCCGGUCAGAUCAUUAAUAAAGCAAAGAGUAAGCUAUUUAUAGAUGGUACUUCAAAUAAAGGAGUUUAUGCAAAUGGAGUUAAGUGA